CCCGAAGUUUACCUCCACAUUAUUUGCUAUCGUGCACCCCCUACUGGUGUUGACUGGGAUCACACGCACUGUCACUAGUAGCAGAAAGCCAAGCAGCUGCCAACGCCCGGCGAAGUAAAUACCAGAUUCAGUGAGGAAGAGACAAAAGUAGAGCACAAAUAUGCAGACGAUUAAAUGUGUUGUGGUUGGAGAUGGAGCAGUGGGAAAAACCUGCCUUUUGAUUUCAUACACAACCAACAAGUUCCCCUCUGAAUAUGUACCAACAGUGUUUGAUAACUAUGCAGUAACUGUCAUGAUUGGCGGUGAGCCUUACACCCUAGGAUUAUUUGAUACUGCAGGUCAGGAGGAUUAUGACAGGUUACGACCUUUGAGCUAUCCCCAGACGGAUGUUUUUCUAGUUUGUUUCUCUAGUGUUUCACCCUCUUCAUUUGAGAAUGUUAAAGAAAAGUGGGUACCUGAAAUCACUCACCACUGUCCCAAGACACCAUUCCUGCUCGUUGGAACUCAGAUUGAUCUGAGAGAUGACCCUUCCACUGUAGAGAAGCUGGCCAAGAACAAACAGAAGCCCAUCAGCCCUGAGAUGGCUGAGAAGCUCGCCCGCGACCUGAAGGCAGUCAAAUACGUCGAGUGCUCUGCCCUGACACAGCGAGGUCUGAAGAAUGUAUUUGAUGAAGCUAUCCUAGCAGCUCUAGAACCUCCUGAAACCCAGCGAAAGAGAAAGUGCUGUCUGUUCUGAUGACAAGCUCUUUUAAAAUCUUGCUUUGCCUCUGAUCGUCUGCUGCUUCUUUAAUGUCAAGAAAUUACUGUCUGUCAAGUAACUAACCAAGUUGCUCUUUUAAAACGUGUGCCCAUUAACUUCUUUCAUUUCAAUAUCUGAUUUUGUUUUGACUUACCCUAAUAAUUGCAAUAGACUAUACUGCCUUGGCCUUCAUGGCAAGGAUGCCAACACUUUCAUUUUAGUACUUAAUGUGCAAGUUUACAUUAGGCUGUAGCUGAGUUUGUGUGUUCCUUUUAAAAUAUAUUACCUCAGUAUUUAUAUGCUUAGGUUCCAUUCAACCCUUCCAGGAAACAUUUCUGUGCUGUCUAAACAAGUAUUAUGAGCUUCAACUAACUUAAUGUUUUUCUAUCACAUCAAUGUAUUUCUUUUCUACUACUAUAUCAAAGACCGUAACUAAACAUUAUUGAAAGUUUAAGUUUUCCAUUGGAGGUUAAGAUCUUUGCAAUCUUGAAUGACUAAAACCUGUUAUGAUAUAUGAAUAAAGGAUAGUUUAAAUUACAA